AUGCCUAAAAUAAAUCGUUUUACGGAUGUUGACGUUUCAUCUAGACGACUUCCAUCAGUUUAUGGUUAUCAUAGUCAAAAACUUGUUUCACUCGAACAGGCAUUAGAACCUAUCGUACCUCAAAUUGAUCAACUCCCUCGAUAUAUCAAAACAGCUAAGAAACAUUGUCUUCAUCCCUCGGAACAUAAGCUGACACGUGAUGAGUCAGCUUCUAUUUAUAUUUACACAAUGGAAUGGGAUGAGAGUAGUUUAUAUCGUGUAUUGAAUAAAGCAUUACGAGAUGAAAAUCGACAAGGAUUAAAAAUAUGGUAUCCAUAUUUAAAAUUAUUCGACACCGCAUUGAAUAAACUACCAACAGUCAAGGAAGGUCUGUGGCGAGGUGUCCCUGUUGAUAUAGGGAAAAAUUUUAAGAAAAAUCAAGUUUUAACAUGGUGGACCGUUAGUUCAUGCUCAUCAUCGGUUGACGUGAUUAAACAAUUUCUGGGAAAACGUCAAACUUUCACCCUUUUUAUGAUCGAAGCUCUGAAUGCGAAAAAAGUGUCCGGUUAUACAGCUUAUGAAGAUGAAGAUGAAGUUAUCUUACCAAUAGGUACACAGUUUCGUGUGAAAAGUAAUCCAUUAAAACAAUCCAAUGAUUCUCAUAUCGUGCAUCUGAUUGAAAUUAAUGACGAUCAAGAUGUUACAUCAGAAAUGGAUCAAAUGCAUAUGAAGGCUAAUUCUACAAGUACACCGUCGAGUGAGUCAUUUUUAUUUCUUCUUCAGAAAUCAAAAGUAUUCCUACGAUAUAAACAAAGAGAUAUUGAUAAAAAAUGA